AUGUUCAUUAUGAAUGGCAUGAACCACUUCCUUGCUUCGAAGAUAAAUGGCAAUAUUUGGGAGAUCGAGAACGCGACGGAAAAUUUGGACAUUGUAGAUGAUUCGUUUAAUCUGAACAAAAACGAAAGUCAAGCAUUUUUAAACGAUGAAUACAUCUUCGACCGAACAGAUGUUCGGGCUAUAUUUAUAACAUUGUACACUAUUGUAUUUUGUUGCUGUUUUUUCGGGAACCUUCUAGUCAUUCUAGUUGUCACCCUAUCGAGGCGUUUGAGGUCAAUAACAAACUUUUUCUUGGCUAACCUGGCAGUAGCCGACUUAUGUGUUGGCGUGUUUUGUGUCUUUCAAAAUUUAACAAUAUACCUUAUACCGAGCUGGGUUUUUGGAGAUUUUUUAUGUAAGAUGUACCAAUUUGUCCACUCUUUGAGUUAUACUGCAUCAAUAUUUAUUUUAGUUGUAAUUUGUACAGAGAGGUACUUUGCUAUUAUUCAUCCUAUUACCUGCAAACAAAUUUUGACUGCUACUAGAUUAAGGUUAGUUAUACUUGGAGUAUGGAUAACAAGUGCUGCAUACAGUGCUCCGAAAUUCAUUUGGGUCGAAACAAUAACAAACAACCUCGGAGAUGGUAAUAUGGAAACGAUAUGUAUUCAGCAUCGAAUGAAAUAUAACUCGGAGGUAUUCGACAUGGUGAACUUCGGCUUGCUCUACGUGAUCCCACUCUGCGUAAUGACUGUUCUGUAUACGAGAAUUGCAGUAGGCCUGUGGCGGAGUUCACAUGGCCUUCAACAGAUGGGACACACGCAGUGUUGCGGCGCUCAGAAAACUACAACGGCGACCACGUGCAAGAGUGGGAGCACGAGAGUGUCUUCACAGAAACAGGAGACGCGCAGCUGUUACCAUAUCAGUCAUUUAUCCCGUAACGUGUUACGGGCACGUCGUGGCGUCGUUAGGAUGCUGAUAGUCGUCGUGCUGACGUUCGCUGUGUGCAACCUGCCCUUCCACGCGCGGAAAAUGUGGCAGUAUUGGUCCAGUGGGUACCAGGGCACAAGCGACUUCAGCGCGCUACUGACGCCGCUCACGUUCCUCAUCACUUACUUCAACUCCGGCGUAAAUCCCCUGCUGUAUGCGUUCUUGUCUAAGAACUUUCGAAAGGGCAUGAGGGAGCUCCUAUUCUGCAAGUUUCACGGCAAGAGGAAAAGCGACAAUUUGGUGCUGUUGCAUCGGGUUGGCGGGGCCGGCUUGCAACGAAGCUCAACGCGCUCCACUCGUGCCAACUGCAGCACUGUCACGGUGGCGCCUAAUGUAGAGUCA